AUGCUAGAUGAUCAGUUGAGCUACCCUAUCUAUAAGGUCUCCUGUCCCACUAUUUCCCUUGACGGAUCGGAGGCGUCGAUAUCCGAGAAGACAUAUCUUAUCGGACGAUACGCAUUCGGCCACUACGCGCCUGUGGGGAGGUGCACCAAAGGUUACCCGGCGCUGGAUAUGCAGACCAAGCGGCUGGUGUGGUUCAAGGACCAGUGGCGCUGCGCUGCUCGUCCUCAUACGGAGCUGGACGCUUACAUGCGACUUCACAAGCACCACGUCACGUAUAUCGCUACGCCAGUGGCGGGUGGAGACGUGAUGGAACACCGAACGGUCACGCAAGACUAUCUGGCGCAUUUGGCGGACAGUUGGCGGCCCUCGGAACGGGUGCAUACUCGUCUUGUGACGAAGGAGGUGGGAAGACUGCUCGAGACAUAUAAGGACUCCUGGGAGCUAUUACGUGUAUGCACCGAGGCGUUUUUUGCUCACCAGGAAGCAUGGGAAGAGGCACGCAUUCUUCACCGCGACAUAAGUAUCGGGAAUAUUAUGAUCGACACCCAGACGGGCAAAGGUUUUCUGAACGAUUGGGACCUCUGCAAAUACCGUGAGGAUAUGGAGACAAAGCGGCCGGCUUCUGAACCUUCUGGUAUAUCGGGGACCUGGGCCUUCAAAUCUGCUUUGGCUCUGCGAUAUCCACGCAAGCCUCCAGAGCUCGCAGACGAUUUGGAGUCCUUCAUUCAUGUCAUUACGUUUCUCGCAUACCGUUUUCAUGAUCACGAGCUGUCCUCGGAGCCCCUCGAGGAUACAGAGGACGCGCAGAUCACGGCCAACGCGAAUAACCCCGAGCUCAUGGGUCUAGUCAGCGUAUUCUUCUACGCACAGAAGCGCGUCGGCAACGGAUUUUAUAAGGGUGGAGGACUGAAGUACCACAUGAUUCUCUCAGGUCUCCCACCCGUACCGUUCAAGCCCCUUAAGAACGGCAAGCGCUCUCUCGUGGAGACGUUCCUUCUCAAGGCAUACCAGCUGCUACAGGAACACUACUGGUCUUUGGACGAAUCAGAGUUCGCGGAAUAUGCAGCACACGAAGGCGAUUGUGCUGCCCCUGACGAAGUCGACUAUGUGGCGACCUCGGGUCCUCCUCUCCCUCUUGUCGAGGCGCCGGCUGAGUAUCUGGGCCAGGACCCUAUCUAUGCCAGCAUGUGGGCGCGGAACGCUCGCCGCACCGUCAAGUCCUCGAAGGGCAAAGAGGUGUUCUGGAAGACCGUCGUCCGUAAGAAGCCCUCGUGCCCGUUCGACGACCCUCAACCGGUGCUCGAGUCACACACAGACCUGGCCUUCCUUUUCCUCAGCAUCGCCAGAGAUGAGCACGGCAACGACCUCGAUCUUCAGGCCUACAGAGACGACAAGCGCUUCGACCAGUUCUUGAACUGGCGAAUGGUCUGCUAUCUAGACAGGAAGGGGAAGACGGGGCAGUGGAAGACCCCAAGUCCGUCCGGCGAGUCAGGAGCGAAGCGGAAACGGGAAGAGGAAGAUACUGGCGAAGCGCCGAAGGCGCCGAAGAGGCCCACGGUCCCCCGCACUGGAGGACCUCGGACUCGAGCUCUCGUCAAGGCUGAAGAGCAAGCGGUGGCUCCACAGGAGGCUGCGGUCAAGAAGGCAGCGACUGGAAAACGGAAAUCGGCGGCGGCGACAGCAGUUGGUCGGUCUAUGAUAACCGUGGCGAAGGCCGCACCUCCUCAGAAGGCCACGGGGCCCCAAUCGAAAAAGAAAGCGCCUACAUCGCGUGCUGCUUCGAAGAAGGGCAACAAGCCUCAGCCGACGAAGACUGCGACGAAGGCAUCGGCGUCGCGUAAGGCACAGGCCUCUCGCAAAUCCCCUAGCCCUCGACGUCCGGCCGCUGUGAAGGCGGAAGUCACAGGGCGGAGGUCGAAGACCGCCAAAGCCAAGGCGGCAGCGCCUCCUGCACCGACGAGGCGUUCCGAGCGGUUGGCCAAGAAAAGCUGACGGGCUGGGCUUUAUCUUAUAUAGUAGUACUAGAACUGAUUUAUUGCAUGGCACAUACUACCUGAUGAGGAAGCAUUUGAACGUCGCUCGAGCUGCGCGAAAGGACUGCUGUAGGCGAUACACGAGUUGAUACGCAUAUUGUAUUGCCAGCGAACAAUC